AUUAUAUGUGGCACGUACCAUGUCACCUAUAGAAUCGGUAAAUGUUCCCAAUGAGGAUGCGCCGAAAGCGUGUCAGCGUGAGAUGACCGGGACCAACGACCCACUUGAAUGUCAACAACUUCAACUGCAGCCAUCAACCGAUGAGACCCAGAGGGUCUCCAUUUUCUCUUCCGUUUCUCAAUCUCUCCUCAUGGUCAUCAAGGAACAAGAACAUCGCACCACCACACCCCAAACACCACUACGCCACCACCGAAAGUCGAAAACGCGAUGAUAGCAAACCGUCAUUGAUUCACCUUCUCGCACUUGGUUUUUCAUCAUGGAUACACUCGCGUGGAGAUACUGUACCACCUCAAGCCGCCAAACGUUCAAUAGGCGAGACGGAUCGUUGGGUUCACUAUACCGCACUUGGGUUAUGGAGAGAUGCUUCGCAGGACCAAAUUAAAAAAAGGUACUACGAGCUGAGCAAGGCUCAUCAUCCUGACGUCUCUCAAGAUCCAAGCUCCCCCGAAAUUUUCAAGAAGGUCACCGAGGCUUAUGCUGUACUCGGAAAGCAAAAGACUCGACGGAAAUACGAUCAACACGAGCAGCUGCAUUCUGCUCUUAUCAUGGGACUACGACAUCAACGGGAGGGGGAACUUGCUUCGUCUUCACCCCGGCCGGUUGAUCCCACUUUCUGGGACCCAGUCAAGUCAGGCCCAUCGAUGCUUUAUCGUCCGCCUGCUGGAUACUGGUGGAUUAUGAACAAGAUCACGCGAGAGAGGGAGUUGAAGGAAAGGGAGAAGGCGAAGUUACAAGCUUGGGCAGCUUCGUCCUCUCCCCAGCAAGCCAUGCCUUCUCAUGACAGACCAGAAGAAAAUGAGACCGACAGUGAAUUUCGGUUCAGCGAACUCAAACCAAAAGCAAUCCUUACGGCCUUCUCUAUGGUAUUCGCAGUGAUAUGCGUGAAUUUGGCCAUGGAGAGAUUACUUGGAUAUACCAGGGCCUCCCUGGUGCAAUCACUGCAAGAUAACGAGAGUGAAAGCAGUGCAUCGCAGGGAUGCAUAGAUGACCCUACGUCACAAUCUACUGACGCCUGCGCCGAUGGAUAGUAGAUACAAGCAUAUACUCGCAGAAUGAAGGUAGCGUAGACAGACAGUUAAUGUAUGUGUCAGGAACAAUUGCUGUUAGUGUUAGGCCUCUCUCUGACUGGCCACGAGUUUCGACGGA